AUGGGGAUUGAGAGAAACAUGAAGGACAUGAAAGGGAGGGAGUUGUGUGAAGUGCUUGAUGAGACAAAUACCAACGACAUGAAGUCGAGAAAGAACCGGCGACAUCGUCGGUGGAUGAAGAUGUCGCCGGUUCAGAAACUUUUUCUUGCUUGCCAACAUGUUUUUGCUAACGCUUCACCUGGAGUUGUUCCUUCUUCUCAGCACAUUGAAUUGCUUCGUUCUAUUUUAGCUGGAAUAAAACCAGAAGACCUUGGAUUGAAACCUGACAUGCCAUAUUUCACUAACAACAAUGCUGGAACACCAAAAAUUACAUACCUUCACAUUUUCGAGUGUGAAAAAUUCUCGAUGGGAAUAUUUUGCUUACCACCUUCAGCUGUAAUUCCUCUUCACAAUCAUCCUGAAAUGACAGUUUUUAGUAAGCUUCUGUUUGGAACAAUGCACAUCAAAUCUUAUGAUUGGGCUGUUAACUUGCCGGCUGAUGCCUAUCAAACCGAGAUACUGGAGAAAAGAUUGGCUAAAGUGAAGGUUGAUGCUGAUUUCACUGCUCCUUGUGAUCCUUCCAUCCUUUAUCCUAAUGAUGGUGGCAACAUGCAUUGCUUCACUGCAGUCACAGCUUGUGCAGUUCUAGAUGUUCUUGGUCCUCCCUACUCUGAUCCUGAUGGCAGACACUGCGCAUAUUACCAAAGUUUUCCUUUCUCCAACUUUCCAGUUGAUGAAACAUCCAUACCAGAAGAAGAAAAGAAAGAAUAUGAAUGGCUUGAAGAAAGAGAGAAACCAGAGAGUUUACAAGUGAUCGUGAAAAUGUACAGCAGUCCAAAGAUUAUGGAGAAUUAA